GACACGACAGGCCAGAGGGGGAAAUUGGCCGCUCCAAGAGAACGACCUGAAUGUGAUAGGCGUGACAGGCACCACUUUGGGAAUCCUGGGGCGAGUACCACUAACAGUCAGCUUACAUGAAAAGGUCAUGAUGUUGCGUUUUCUGCUCAUCUUGUUGUACCUCGGCUCCUUACUUGCAACGACACCCAUCCACCUGAAGCCUGGCGCCCUCACGGCACACAUAGGGGAGGUCUUCCUCAUAGAAGAUGUGCUCCUCGUGAAAUAUCCAUAUACUUCCUUGACCAACACCACUGACACAAUCAGGAUAGUCUCAGAAAAACUACUCGGCAUGGCAGACGCCAUACGGGCAACAAAGGCUGGGGAAGCAAAGGUACCUUCUAGUACUAACUCUCUGGAUCUUUUUCAACUACUGGAGGAUAGGAUUCUGUUCUUACGGGGAAAGGUUGAUGAAGUAGACAGCAACAAUAGUUUUCACUCAGUUCACUCUCGGGUAAAAAGGGGGUUGCUCAACAUCGUUGGGUCCACCUCAAAGUUCCUCUUCGGUACGGCAACCGACGAGGACGUGCGCGAUUUGCGAGACCACUACAAUCGUGUAUUUUCCUUUGCUGCCCGAAAUCGCAAGGUGAUCAACGCCAAUUGUAGAAAACUUGCGCGAUUGCAUACUCACAUUGCGGAACUGCUAGAGCAAACGAAUAAGAUGGUAGAAGUUAUCAACAUAGUUGUCAAGCAGAUCGACCAGAUGAAUCAGUUUCUCCUUCUAGAUCAGGCCUUGCAUGUACUGGAAAACGUCAUUAACUCUGUCGCAACGGCGAAUCAGCAGGUUAUUAGUAACAUGGUGGAUGCGGCGCACGGUAGAGUCACACCUGCCUUGUUCCCUCUAUACGAUUUGAGAACGACUAUCCAUAUCGGGUAUCAAAAUUAUAGUCUCAAGCCUUUAUUCAACUCAGACAUGAGUCAAUAUUUUUACCCCUUGAUUGAGUCCAGCCUCACGCCAGAUGCCAUAAUCAUUCACGUUCCGUUUCAGACGGCGGACGUGUUUGAGGCCCAUGAAAUUGUUCCAUUUCCAUUCUCCGCUAUUAGGACAGUGUGUUAGCCCUGGACACGUCCCCGUCUCUUGUCUUAAUCGUGAAGGAUUUCGCUCUGUAUUCAACGGAUAGCUACUCACUCUUGCAAUAUUGC